AUAUUCAUUCAUUUUCGCUCCUUGCGGUUUCCUUGAGCCAUUGUUGAAAUCAUGGCGGUGCUUAAUCUCUCGGCAGCAAUCGCCUGCUCUGAUCGGAGGAUUCCUAAUUUCUGCGCUCCGCCGCGGUGUUUCGUGUUUCCGAUGGUUCAUUUUGCUGUUUUUGUUGUUGUUCUUCACGCAUUGUGCUGCUUCUCCGGCGGCGGAGCUGCGAGGCCGUUCAACAAUUCGAUUUCGGCGAUUUUGGUCUUUGGCGACUCAACGGUUGAUUCAGGCAACAAUAAUUAUGUGGAGACGGUGUUCAGAAGCAAUUAUCCUCCCUACGGUAGAAGCUUCGCGAACGGCGUUCCGACGGGAAGGUUUUCCGAUGGUCGCCUAGUGACGGAUUUCAUCGCUUCGUAUACAGGAAUCAAAGAGUACGUGCCGCCGUAUUUGAAUCCGCGGCUGAGCACGGGGGAGCUGAUGACCGGAGUUAGUUUUGCCUCCGCCGGCUCUGGAUUUGAUCCUCUCACCGCUCAAUUGAGCAACGUGAUUCCUAUAGAAAAACAAGUCGAAUAUUUCAAAGAGUACAAACAAAAGGUGGCAGCCGCCGUGGGCAAAAAAAGAGCCCAAGCUCACAUCAACAAGGCAGUCUUUGUCGUCAGCGCCGGCACCAAUGACUUAGUCUUCGGCUACCCGGUCCGUCGCCAAACCUACAACGUCGCCGCCUACCUCAACUUCUUGCUGCAAAACACGCGCCGCCUCAUUCAGGAGUUGAGCGACGAGGGAGCCCGGUUUAUAGCAGUGGUAAGCCUGCCGCCGAUCGGCUGCUUACCCCUCGUAAUAACGUUUACCAACAUCGACUUCUUAGGCAACCGGCAUUGCAAUGGAGCUCUUUCCACCAUUGCCACGGAUUACAAUCUCAAGCUUCGGAACAUGUUGGCAUCUCUGCAAAACGCCGCUGCAUCUGUACUGAUAUACGCAGAUAUAUACACAUCGCUCAAUGACCUAAUCCAACAAGCCUCCCGGUUCGGGUUUGAUUCCGCAAACGCUGGUUGCUGUGGGACUGGAUUGGUCGAAGCAUCCAUACUGUGUAAUCCGGUAACGCCUGUCUGUCUUAAUCCCUCAAAGUAUGUGUUCUUCGACUCUGUGCACCCGACACAAGAAACCUACAAGCACCUGUUUGACUCCCUGCGCCCAACCAUCGACAAUGCCAUCAAGAAGUAUCACCUCUAA